AUGCCUAUCAGAAGAUCAAUCACCUCUCAUUCCUACACACAUGGACCCGCCUACCCGUUCAGUCCCUCGCGGCCCGGCCUACGACCAUCAACCAGCUCAAGCCUUCGAUCGAACCACUUGUCCUUCUCGCCCUCCAAUCAGCACUCCUUCUCCAUCUCACGAAAUUCAAUCAUGCCCCAUUCGAUAAGAAGGAUGAUAUCUACCGCUCAACCCCUCUCACUCACCCGUGUUGCAGGAUUGCAAGUCAGGCAGAUGAGCUUUAUCUCGGCGGCUACUAGGGUAGCCGCAAGGGCCGGCGGUCGAGUUGUCGGCAUGGGCGCCGUCGGUGUGGGCGGCGCUGCCUAUGUGGGAAGUCAAGUUGACGACUUCAAAACUAACGUGUUCGGGAAAGUAUCAACUGUUUACGACCAGACGACCGGAACAAUCAAAGAUCUGGCUGGUUCUGCAGGCCGGACGAUUGGUCAUAUCUCCAACGGGGCCAACAUGACAUAUACCAAGGUCUCAACAUCAAUCGAGGAAGGUCUCACAGAUUUGGUUUCAAACUUCGGAGAACUCCUGAAUUCUAACCAACAAGAAGAGCCUCAAAAGCAAAGACCAGAUUAUGAUCACCUCAACGCCGGCCUUGCCAGUCUAUCCGCGAUUGGCUUGGCAGCCUCUUCAGAUGACGAUCGAGACGGCCCGGUUCAAAAGGAUCAAGCCACCGCUGGUCUGAUGCAUCUUACAAGAAAACUGAUUGAGAUCAGAUCGCUACUCAUGAGCAUCGACAAGGACGAGAGCUUGGUCCUCCCUAGUAUUGUCGUCAUUGGAAGUCAAAGCAGUGGAAAAAGUAGUGUGCUUGAGGCUAUUGUCGGCCACGAAUUUCUGCCCAAAGGAAAUAACAUGGUUACUCGUCGGCCGCUUGAGUUGACGCUGAUCCAUACUCCCCAAACCGCGUCCAACCCUCACGUUAAGGAUUACGUGGAAUGUCCUCAAUUCGGCCCGGGUCAAUUCGAUGACUUUCGAGAAGUUCAAAGACGACUGACUCGACUUAACCAGGAAGUUCCGGACUCAAUUGCAGUAGAUGACCAGCCCAUCCAUAUGAGAGUCUAUUCACCCAACGUACCUGACUUAAGUUUAGUCGACUUGCCAGGAUACGUUCAGAUCAGCGCAAUGGACCAACCUGAAGAACUUCGAGAAAGGAUCAGUCAGUUGUGUGACAAAUACAUCAGAAAGCCCAAUAUCAUUCUCUCGGUCUGUGCGGCUGAUGUGGAUCUUGCCAACAGUCCCGCCCUCCGAGCAAGUAAGAAGGUCGAUCCACAUGGCUAUCGGACCAUUGGCGUGGUCACCAAAUUAGAUCUGGUUGACCCCAGUGUCGGUGCGGCGAUCCUAGCAAACGAUAAAUACCGCUUGGCGUUAGGAUACAUUGGUGUCAUCUGCAAGCCGAGUAGCAGUAGUGGCUCAUCAGGAUCUUCAUUUGUCGAGAACCGCCUGCUGAAGCGUAACUCCGGCAACUCGGCACAACUCGCACUAGCCAAGUCCGAAUUUGAUUACUUCAGAGCACAUGCCGAUCAUUACGACCAGCCCAAUCUCCUCCUGGGCACGGAAACCUUGAAAUCACAACUGAUGAAAGUCUUGGAAGAGUCCAUGUCGAGCUCGUUGCAUGACAUCUCCAACCGAGUCUCCCUGGAACUUGAAGAGGCCUCUUAUCAGUACAAAGUCCAAUACAACGAUCGGAACAUUUCCGCAGAGACGUAUGUGGCCGAAGCGAUGGAUUUAGUGAAAAGAAGAUUGGGCGAGUUUUCUAGGAUGUUGGUGAAGCCGGAGGUUCGAGGAUUAUUAAAGCAUGAACUCGAACAAAGAGUGCUGGGGCUUCUGGCGGAAAUCUACUGGUCGGAUCGUCGGAUGAGCGAGUUGGGGAAGCUGGGUGAUUCGAAGCUCGGCUCAGAAGGACUUGAUCAAUAUUGGGUCCAUAAACUCGAAGUGGCCCAAUCGCGUCUGACGAAGGGUGGCAUCGGAAGAAGCUCGGCGGAGUUAGUGGCAGACGAGAUUCGGACUGCUGUCGGUCGACUACUCGAGCACCCACCGAUGACCCAUCAUGCCGAAGUUAGCGAUGAGAUCCGGGAAAUUACUGAGGAUAUCCUGGAGGGCUUGAAAGCUCGAGCGGCCGACCAUGUGGAGAUCGGGGUGAUGCCUUUUAGAUACGAGAUUGAGAUCGAUAAGUCCGGCUGGGAGGUGGGCAGAAUUCGCUCGAUUCAGUUGGUCGAGGAGGAGGUCAAGAUGUGCGACCAGUUCUUGAAAGCAGAAAAGGCUGAGCUGAAAAAAAAUUGGAGGCUCAGAGAAGCCCUCGAGCGGAUCGAGGAAGACGAGUUGAAGAUGAGGAAGUUGGCACAGAUCAAACUGUCGGGCUUCCAAUCCUCCUCAAAUCUUCCACAAGACCUGCAGCUUCUUGAUGAAACUGAAGAUACUAGGCCAGCUCCGGUCCUACUCGAUCGAGCCAAGAGAUUAAGGGAUAUGGAGAACCGGUCAGAGGUACUAAGGUUACGAUUACUAGCCCUGAAGAGUAAACGAUGUAAAACAUCAUCAUCCUCUUCCUCUUCGUCGGUCGGUUUGAUGGGUGGAAGGGCAUCGCCCAACGAUCCAUCAUCGCACAUCUCCCAGAGCCCAAACAAUCUUGCGACUCCCACCUUCUGUCCCGAAAUCUUUCUCAACAUCUUGGCCGAUCGACUCGCGUCAACUUCCACUGAUUUCAUCAAUAUUGACCUGCUUCACAGGUUCUUCUCCACUUUUCCUCAUGAAUUGAAUUCGAGAUUGGGUAAGAGGCUGGAAGGCCCUGAAGCUUUGGAAUUCGCACGAGAAAACCUCGAGGUUCGGAAACAGCUUGAACUACAGGAUCGGAAAGAAAAACUAGAAAAGGUGAUGAGAGAGUUAAUGACCUUAGCAUACAUGAAACAGUCUCACUCGCUUAAUGGUGACGGCCGUCGCGACGACGAUGGAUCGGGGACCAACUCCUCCAAUGGCAACGGUUCUAAAAGUAAACGACGGAAGCUUGCCAGUCAGCAUCCGAACGGAAAAAAUUACUUCUCCAAUCUGUUUUAA